AUGUCACCCACACGCGCCAUACACGACUUAAUCACACCAUGUCCCUCUCGCCUCCCUCCUCCAGACCCUCUCUUCUCCUCUCCUCCCUUGCCUCUUCCCUUCCCUACGCGCUGCUCCCCCUUCCCUACCGCUGCUCCCCCUUCCCUACGCGCUGCUCCCCUUUCCCUACGCGCUGUUUCCCCUUCCCUACGCGCUGCUCCCCCUUCCCUACGCGUCACACACGACUUGCCCACACAUGUUCCCAUCUCCCCUCUCCUCCCUUCCCUUUUCUUUCCUCUCUUCCCUUCCCUCUCUGUCCACCUCCUUCCCUUCCCUGUCUUCGCCUCGCCUCCCCUCCCACUCAUCCCCUCUCCUUCCUUCCCUUCCCUCUUUCCACUGCCCGAGGACCAGGGAGGGGGACUGAGGAGACCUUUCUUCCCUCCCGCCUCACUCGCUCCCCUUGCUCACUCAAUUCCAUUGCUUGCUAUUGCACGUCACCUUCACGCACACCUUUUCCCUCCCGUCCUUCCCGUCGUGCACGUCCCUCCUGUCCCUCUUGUCCCUCCCGUCCCUCCCAUUCCUCCCGUCCCUCCUGUCGCCCAACACCUUCCGUCCCACCCCUCGCUUCAGUUCCGCAUUCGCUCCUGUCGUUCUCUUCCCUCCCGUCCCUCCUUUCCCUCUCCGGUUCUCGUCAUCCGUCCCUCAUUCGCAUCGCUCACUCGAUCCGUCGUGCACUCCCCCCGUCGCUCGAACGAACGCACCGUCCACGCAGGGCAACCGCCUUGCAUCGGGCCUGUCGCUCACACACUUACAUGUGACAUUCACUCCCAUUCCGCACACUCACUCCCCUCCUCUCCUCUCCCUUUCCCCGUGUCCUUCCCUCCGUUUCCCCCCUUGUUCCUCUCUCUCUUUCCCUGUGUCCGUUUCCCACCUUCCCCCUCCCUCCCUUUCCUCCAUUCCUAA